AUGAUGCCAGAAGUAACUGAAAAUGUCAGACUGGAACUUGUAGUUGCUAAGAUUCAACCAAAACUCUUUUCACCAUUUACUGACAAUGGACUAGAAGACAUAAUUACUGAGCUACAACAUGUGCUUGACCAAAGAGAAGUUCACAUCGCUGUAACAGGAGAAUCAGGAAAAGGGAAAUCAGCCUUCAUCAAUGCUGUUUGUGGUCUGAGACCUGGGGACCCUGAAGCAGCUAAAGAGGGCUUUACUGAACAAACCAUGGAACCGAAAAAAUAUAAACAUCCAAGUCUGCCUUCUGUCUUUCUAUGGGAUCUUCCUGGGGCUGGAACACCAACAUUUGAAAUAGCAAAAUAUUUUAAGAAAGUCAAAUUUACAGAAUAUCACUUAAUCAUAUUAAUUGUUGGAAACAGGUUUACAGAGAAUGACAAACUUUUUGUGGAAAAGAUAAGAAAAAUAAAGCAAGAUUUCUAUGUUGUAAGGAGCAAAAUGGAUGAGCAUGAACAGAACGAUGAUCACCGCUGCACAGCAGAUUUCGAUUUCAUGAAAUUGCGUCAAGAUUUGAAGCUUAAAGUAGGAGAGAAGAAGAAAGAUUUGUACUCACGUGAAAUCAGUGAACUGGUCAAACACCUGGUUGGAAAGAAAAAGACAAAGCUGAAGGGAACAAUCUCACAGUUAAUUUCAUAUGCAACAGAUGAAGGUGAAGGUACAACUUUUAUACCUGGAACCACUUGUGCCUAUAAUUGCGAUGCUGUUGUGGAAAUUCUUCUGUUCUAUCGUUGGUACAUGGGUCUUGAUGAUGAGUCCAUUAACCAACUUGCAGAUAAAGUAGGGAAAAGUGGGGAAGAUCUUAAGGCAGAAGUGAGUGAUCCUUUAGUGUUUUCUAUCAAUCCAAAUUCUGUUCAAAAUGUUCUUUCUUCUUCUACCUCUUUAAUUCUUUAUAACUUACAAAGCUUCUUGAAACCUCUCACAAGUGUUCCAAAGUCUUCUGAGAUAUUUUCCAAGUUAUUGGAAUCGAUGAUUGAUGUAUUUGCAGAAUCUGCAAUGAGUUUGACAAAGAAAGCUGCAUAA